AUGUGGAAAUACAAAGCUGAAACUGGUAGGACGACGAGCGAGUUUCUACUGGAAAAACGACUCGAAUACGGGCCAAUAUUUAUAUUAUUUUUUAUUCACAAGCCUAUUGUAUUUCUGGGAGAUGCUACCUAUUUGCGACAUGUUUACAUAAAUAAUCAUGCCAGCCUGUUUAAAAGUUCGUUUUUCUAUCCUAAAUUUGGUUUUGUUUAUGGUGAGAGGGGAGCUGGUUAUGGACUGGUAUCGAAUACAAAUGAAGCAUCAUGGCGGAAACGACGGAAACUUAUGAACCCAGCUUUUCACCGUAAGUGUCUGAAAGACUUCAUGGAUAAUUUGAAUAAUGUUUGUGACAUAUUUAUGACUCGCCUGGUUAGAGUUGUUGAUGGUGGUAAGCCGACCAGUAUGCUGCAGGAAUUUACAAAAAUCACUUUGGAAACUAUGAGUCAAGUGUCCUUUAAUAUCAAUACGCACGCUAUUGAAGAUCCCAAUUCCCCAUUUCCAGGAGCAAUACGGCACUAUCUGUGUGGGGUGCAGGACAACAUUGAUAUUCCACUCCACCCCACCCUUCUGGGAAUAUUCCAGUUCAAGCUGUUUCAGAAUGCUAUCAAAAGAGAGCAAAUUGAUGCAGCACAAUUUCUCAGGAAAUUUGCUUCUGAUUGUACCACCACUCGGAUGAAGGACAUUGCUGACGAUAAAGCCGUCCCUGAUGACUUAUUGAGUCUCUUGAUUAAAGAUGGCAGUUUGACAUUGGAUGACAUAAUUGAUGAGUUUGUGACCAUAUUCCUUGCUGGACAAGAGACAACUGCAAAUUCAUUGUCAUUUACCUUGUAUGAAGUCGUUACAAAUCCCCAUGUUGAAGCAAAACUUUUAAACAAGGUUAACGAAGUGCUUGGCGGGCGUGAUUAUGUGCAAUUUGAUGAUUUGGCAAAACUGAAGUAUCUUGGUCAAGUUUUGGAGGAAUCUUUGAGAAAAUAUCCUGUAGCACCAGCACCUUCUAAAGUGCUAGCAAAAGGCAUUACGGUUGGAGGAUAUCAUGCAUAUUCCAAAAGGAAAUGGAAUUGA